CGUAAAGAAUGUUGGUGUUGGAUGAUUUUGAAAAAGGAAAUGGCGACAGAGUGUGUAAAAUCUUCAUAUGUUCUAUGAAGCCAAAAAGAGACACAAUUCUGGGACUGAUCAUACCACUUCAUGGAAAUUUCAACUUGACAAAGGGUUACGGGAUAGAUUACAAUGUGAUGCCAGAGAAGCAACUUGAGACACAUUUUUUGAGCUGGUUGCUGGUAGCAACACAAAAUAGAACAAACAGCUAAAAGAGAGAUGUCCUGCCUUUUCCCGCCAAGAAUAAGUACCAAGAGUUUCUUAAGAUUAUUUGGUAGGUGUCGUGAUUUAAGGCUUCCAGGUGUAGUCACGAAAUCUCGAGUUUUUUGUCCGUGUUUUUAUUAUUCUUCCUUGGAGGUUUACAAGUUCUAUAUUUUUUUGUCGCUGUGGCGUGGAGGUUUUAAACUUAAGGGUUAUAGGCGCUCUAUUCCGCAUGAGAGCACUGAAUGUGCCUGUUUUUUUUUCUGCACUUAUUAAGGGCAUAAGGACUGAAAAUACGUGUCAAUCGUUCGAGCUCUUUUUUCCCGCGUAACUCUACUUAUUCGUAUAAUUAUUCCAAAUGUAUGCUCAAAGUACACGGAUCACACUUCACUUUGUUGCAUCUUUCCUUUAGGUUUGACAUCUAUCGUGCAGUUGUUCUGUUAACUAUUUUUGUGGUGUUCUGAUGAUGCAUGCACGUGUUCGAAGCCUAAGGAAGGCACCAGAUGAGAGAACGCAAAAGGCUUUGGGAUCCCCUGAAAAACACGAAGGACUUUGAAAAUGAUUACUUUUCCGAAAUUGGCGAUCAAUAACUCCACGUGUACAUUAUAAGAACACGCAUGCUUAUAGCAAAUUAACAAGUAGCAUGACGAGUAUGAGUGAAUAACUCUUGUUUUCCUAUGAGGUAGUCUGCGUGCAUGGAGUAUGACAAAAGCAGGCCAGAAACGACAUACUUCCAAGUGCCAUUCUAGGUCGUAAACCAGAAUCUUAGGGUAGAUUAUUUACACAAGGUGUAACCCCAACUCCGGUUUUUCGCUAAUAGUGAGCCUCAGGAAUUCUCUAUGAGAGGGUGGAUGUGAUGCAAUAACUAUCCAUAAUUCAAUAACUGUCCAUCCAUCGCUAACUUUGCGGGCAAAUGUUGUCUAGAAAAAUAUCUUUUUUCAAGAACAUUACUACAGAUAUGAGAAAAAUUGCGAGUUGAUGAAAUAAUUAUAACUAAAGAGUUAUUUUUACUCUAGAUGACUUUGAUCCCGCCAAAGUUACUGAUGACAUUCGUCAGCUCUACAAAACCCGCGAGGGUUGGCUGGCACCGUUUCCCUGGUGUGAGCACUUUUACCUCUCCUUUGAUGACAUUUACACCAGACUUAAAGUCAUCAACAGAAAUAAAACGGGAGGAAAAGCCACAGACCGAGUUGUCACGAUGUCUGCGAUCUUCAACCCGCACGAAGAAUGUGAAGAACCAAGAGUUGUGUUAAUGGAAGGAGAGCCUGGUAUGGGAAAGACUACUUACUGCAAGAAAGUUGUUUUCAGUUGGGCUGCAAGAAAACACGCAACCGAAAAUUGCUUCACAAACUUCCUAAUGGUGCUUUUGAUCAAAUGUCGUGACGUUCACUCUGACCUUUGGGAGGCCAUUGAUGAUCAACUUCUACCUCGAGAUGUCGAUGAUGACCAAAGAAAGAGAUUCUUCGACUUCAUUCGCAACAAUCAAUCUAAAGUUAUCCUAGUUCUCGAUGGAUUGGAUGAAGUUUCCGAGAAGAUGCUACGAAUGUUUUCAGAAAUUAUUCAAGGCCGAGUAUUGCCAAAAUGUCGCGUGGUUGUUACGGCAAGACACGAAGCUGGAGUGAAAGUUCGAAAAUAUUGUGACACACUUCUGGAGGUGGAGGGAUUCACUGAUGAAGAUGCAAGAAGCUUUAUCAACAAAUAUUUCACAAAGAGGAAGGACUUGGCCGAAGAGCUUACAGACCGGUUGAGUUAUGAUCAAAAACUUGGAGACAUGGCAGCAAAUCCACUUAACUGUGCGCUUUUUUGUGUGGUCUGGGAAGAAUUUAACGGCGCAUUUCCAGAAAGCAGAGCGGAGUUGUACAUGGAAAUAGUGAAGUGUGUACUAAGAAGAUACAGAGCAGAGAAGCAACUUUCAGAAGACGAUGAGGACCCUAUUGGACUUUACGAAAGCCAACUGAAUCACCUUGGCUCGAUAGCUUUGAAAGGUUUACUAGAGGACACCUUGGACUUUGACGAGAAAGGGCUUGGAAAAUACAAAGCAAGUGAUUUACCUGGACUUGGAUUUCUUUCUGUUCAGUCCGGAGGGAGUAAACUAAGACCGACUAGACGUUAUGGCUUUCUUCACAAGACUUUCCAAGAGUUCUUCGCCGCUUUGAAUCUCGCUUGUCAGCUUAUCAAGAAAGAAAUAAGCACAGAGAGCAUAGCAGCUGACAGACGAUAUCGCCAUGAGCUGCAAGAAGUGCUUUUGCUUACAUUUGGCAUUCUAGCAGCAUGGUGCCAGACAACAGCAGAGAACCUUGUAAAAAGUAUGGCAACACAGUUAAACGAUGGGGAUAAGGAAGCCACUGAUAGUGUAUUUGUUCCAUUAAAAUGCAUCGAUGAAUGCAAAAAUGACUUUGAUUUCUAUGUUGAACUUGCCGUGACCUUUGGCUUUUGUCUUCAAAUUAAAGCUCUUGAUGUUUCUCGGUGGGGCUUACAGGGGGCUGAGGUUAACUUACUAGCCAACAUUCUUUUUUCAAAUAGAAGUGUGACACAGUUGAACUUGGCUGCUAACAACAUUGGUAAAGCUGGUGUUGCUGCUCUGGCUGAGUGUCUGAAAGAGAAUAGAUCUCUGAGAGAGUUGAAAUUGCCUGCUAAUGAUAUUUGUGAUGAUGCUGCUGCUGCUCUGGCUGAGUGUUUAAAAAACAAUACAUCUCUGACAGAGUUGAUAUUGUCUCAUAAUGAAAUUGGUGAUGAUGGUGCUGCUGCUCUGGCUGAGUGUUUGAAAGAGAAUACAGCUCUAAAAGAGUUGAAUUUGAGUGAAAAUGACAUAGGUGAUGAUGGUGCUGCUGCUCUGGGUAAGUGUUUGAAAGAGAAUACAUCUCUGACAGAUCUAAAUUUGUUUCAUAAUCAUAUUGGUGGGGCUGGUGCUGCUGCUCUGGCUGAGUGUUUGAAAGAGAAUACAUCUUUAACAAGUUUGUGUUUGACCUUUAAUAAAAUCGAUGAUGAUGGUGCUGCUGCUCUGGCUGAGUGUUUGAAAAAGAAUACAUCUCUGACAGCUUUGAAUUUGCCGUGGAAUAAAAUUGAUGAUGAUGGUGCUGCUGCUCUGGCUGAGUGUUUGAAAGGGAACACAUCUCUGACGUGGUUGAAUUUGGAUGAUAACAACAUUGCUGAAGCUGGUGCUGCUGCUCUGGUUGAGUGUUUGAAAGAGAAAACAUAUCUGACAAAAUUGCGUUUGCUAGGAAAUCAUAUUGGUGAAGCUGGCACUGCUGCUCUGGUUGAGUGUUUGAAAGGGAAUACAUCUCUGACAGAGUUGGCUUUAUCUUUUAAUUUAAGGGGUUAUGAUGGUACUGCUGCUCUGGCUGAGUGUUUGAAAGAGAAUACAUCUCUGAAACAGUUGACUUUGUCUUUUGAUACAAGUGGUUAUGAUGGUGCUGCUGCUCUGGCUGAGUGUUUGAAAGAGAAUACAUCUCUGACAGCUUUGAAUUUGUCUAGUAAUAAAGUUGGUGAUUCUGGUGCUGCUGCUCUGGCUGAGUGUUUGAAAGAAAAUACAUCUCUCAAAGCUUUAACUUUGUCUUAUAAUAAAAUUGGUGAUUCUAGCGCUGCUGCUCUGGCUGAGUGUUUGAAAGAAACUAUAUCUCUGAAAGAGUUGAAUUUGUUGUUUAAUAAAAUUGGUGAUGGUGGUGCUGCUGCUCUGGCUGAGUGUUUGAAAGAGAAUACAUCUUUGACAGAGUUAGAUUUGUUGUUUAAUGAAAUUGGUGAUGUUGGUGCUACUGCUCUGGCUGAGUAUUUAAAAGAGAAUACAUCUCUGAAAAAGUUGAAUCUGUUAGGAAAGAAAAUUGGUGAUGAUGGUGCUGCUGCUCUGGCUGAGUGUUUGAAAGUAAACACAUCUCUGACAGUGUCGUAGUGAC